GUCACUUCACUUGUAAGGUUGGCCUCGGAUCUGGGAAAAGUUGGUUUAUAGGCUUUGAAAGUUACCUCCAAGUCUGGAAAUUCUCUGUGCACACAUCUCCACACUACCAUCACCCUCACACCGAUGACAGCACGCAGUGAUACACGUAUGUCAGUUGCCAGGCUCUAAGACCCUUCAUGUAUAUAAAGCGUAGGGGAAGCUCGGGGUGUUUCUCCCAUAUCACCCCCAAAUCAAAGUGCUCAACAGUACAACUCUUUUUCUCCAACUAAUUGGGCUAAUUCAUAAAACCAGAAUCAUGAUUGGUGUAUACUGGAUAUUGAUCACAUCCCUAAUCACUCUCAUUCUCAAACCAUCCGUUUUCUCUACAGUCGCGACGAAAGUCAAAGAAGAACUCGAAAUCCCUUGUAUCCGCAAUACCUCACUGACAACCCUCGAAUCCCUCGUUGCAUGUUACGAUCCAUACACCAUACCCGAACAGUUCUUUAACCAGACCACAUACGAUGCUGCUCAGCCUACAGAAGCGGAGUCGGCCGCUUGGUUAGGGUUGGUUAAUGACCUUCUAUGGGUCGACGGAAACUGUACGGACGUUGUGGUGCCGCCGAUUUUGAACCAGGUGUAUGGAGUUUCUGUGUUCACCUCCAAGACAAACACCUCGGAGGAAACGGGAACGAACACAUCGUAUUGCGUCCUACACGAACGAAAAGCAAUCACCCUCCAACCGGAUUCACCAACCUUUCCAUUCUUUCCGUACAGUUACAUCAAAGGCUGGGGCCUUUUCGUCGUCCCGUCCUCCAAGAGUCCUUCAGUCACACGACGAAGCGCAGUUCACCUAUCAGCCCCACAUCCGCAAUUCGAUUUGAAAACCCCAGAACAAGCAGCUGCGCUAUUUAGCGGAAUAGGAGCGAAAAGUUUGCUUGUUGCAGGAAGGAGUAGGGAAAGUUUUAUGACUCCUACGAGUUGCGUUCAACCUGUGUCGAGCGGGAAUAGCAGCGACACGACCGUUUAUUUUGUGACUGAUCCUGCCCAUAACGAUAAAGAACCAUUUGUACAAGCUAGCUUCCGUAUUGCGAAAUGGCAGAAAGGACAGGGAGGGUGUCCGGCGUCUUCUUGCGCCUUCAUUCAAAUGCAUGGAAAGGGAGCUAGUAGUUGUCCUCAAGAUACGAUGUUUUUAUCAUCUGGACUAGGCAAUUCCGCCUCUUCCGUAGCAUGGUACACAGACGCCACCGAUCGGCCUAUCAAACGCCUGCAGAAGAACGUUCGAGAUAUGUUCCCUUCGUUUACGGCGUCGUUACCUUCGGAUAGCAAUUGUAGCCUGACAGCUACCACGAAUGUGUUUGGAAGAUACCUGAAUGGUAUCGAAGAGUCGGCGGUUUGUGAUAAUGCUUCCAAUGCGACGCUUGCGACUGGAGUGUUUGUGCAUAUCGAGCAGGCGAUAGCAUCUAGAAACCCGGAUGCAUAUCAAGGGUGGAUACAGGCGUUGAGUGAGACGUUUCCUGUUACGUCCGAAUGA